AAUCCCUUCAUUUCCAUCACCGCACUCACGCAACGAAAUUAUCGGUACACAUCCAUAUCUUCCAUCUCCCAAUUUCUGCUGAAACCCUAAACCUAGCACAAACACCAGAUCCCUGCAAUUGUCAUUCAUCUAUCAAAUGGUCACGGAGGAACCAACCGUAGCGGUUGACUCAGCACCCGAACAGGCGGAAGCCAAGUCCGCUGAGACCAAAGCUGGUUCGAAAUACGGCAAAGCAAAGAAAGCCAAAGAACCCAAAGCCAAGAAAGCAGCAGCUCCUAAGAAGCCACGAGCUUCUCCUUCUCAUCCUCCUUACGAAGAAAUGAUCAAGGAUGCAAUCGUUACUUUGAAAGAGAAGACAGGUUCAAGCCAGUACGCCAUUGGUAAAUUCAUUGAAGAUAAACAGAAGCAUCUUCCUGGAAAUUUUAAGAAGCUUUUGCUUUUCCAUUUGAAGAAAGUUGUGGCUGCUGGGAAGCUGAUUAAGGUUAAGAAUUCGUUUAAACUUCCAGCGGCUAGGUCUUCGAAGCCGAGUACAUAUGCUUCUGCUCUGGUUAAGAAGAAGCCAGCGACUACUAGGGCGAAGUCUAAACCUGGUUCGAAGCCGAAGCAAGGGAAGAGUACAAAACCAGCAUCCAAAGCUCCAGCAAAGAAAAAAACUGCUUCUAAGACAAAGACUAAACCAGCGGCUAAACCCAAGGCUGCUUCUAAGGCUAAGUCUACUACAACAAAGACAAAGGCGGUGGCAACAUUGAAGCCGAAGACUACUGCCGCUACCAAGUCAAAAGCUGUAGCCAAACCUAAGCCCAAGCCUAAGGAGAAGCCGGCUAAGGUUGCCAGGACUUCAACAAGGACGUCUCCUGGCAAGAGGGCGGCUGCCCCUAAGCCUUCUCCGAAGAAGGCUCCCGCGCCCAAAAGGGCUCCGGCGAAGAGCGUAAAGUCACCGGCGAAGAAAGCCAGGUCGAAGAGAGGAAAGAAAUGAGAGAAAAAGGAUGAGAGGCUAGUCAAUCAAGGGGUGGUUUUGUAAAUUCGAGUGAAGUUGGUGGGUGUAUUUGGGUCCAUGUAUACCCAUUAAAAUAGGACAUCGGAUCUUAGUCUUUUCUUUUUUAAACUUUUCUUUGACUUUUUUUUUUUUUUUUUUUUUUCUGGAGGUUGAAUUUUUAAUUUCGUUAGUGGUUGUUGAAACAGUUUUUAGAUGUAAUUUUUAGUUGAACGGAUUACGAGAUAACAUCAGGGCUCUGAUAUAUAUUUUUUAAUUUU